GUUUAUCCUAAAACACAAAAUUUUCCCUAGGAAAUUAUAAAACGCAAAUAUCAAAAUACCCCUCUCUUCACUUUACAGCCCAUUCCAUUUUCUUGUGGCGCCGUCUGUAUCGCGCUUCUUUCACUCCCUCUCUCUGACAUUUUCAUAAAUAUUCUCUGAUUUUUAAUUGUUUUCUAUGGCUGGGGAGAAUGUUGAUGAGCUUGAUGAAGGUGGGAAUUGCCAUCCUCCAGAAAAACAGGGACUCAACGAUGGUUCAGGAGGGGGAGAAAAGUGGCCUGGAUGGCCUGGAGAGAAUGUUUUCAGGAUGUUGAUUCCUGUGCAAAAGGUUGGCUAUAUAAUUGGUCGCAAGGGUGAACAUAUCAAAAAACUUAGUGAGGAGACAAAGGCUCGCAUAAAGAUUCUCGAUGGUCCUCCUGGAACAUCUGAAAGAGCUGUAAUGGUUUCUGCGAAGGAAGAGCCUGAUGCCCCAAUUGCUCCUGCUAUUGAUGGUUUGCUGAGGGUUCACAAAUGUAUUAUGGAUGUAGAGAGUGAUGUUCCAUCAGCUGCAGGAGUUAUGGUUUCCACCAGGCUUCUAGUGGUGGCUGCGCAAGCUGGAAGUUUGAUUGGAAAGCAGGGUGCCACCAUAAAAUCUAUACAAGAAGCUUCUAAUUGCAUUGUUCGAGUUCUUGGAGAAAACCUGCCUCUUUUUGCUCUGCAAAAUGAUACUGUUGUUGAGAUACAAGGGGAGCCUGCAAGUGUGCACAAAGCUGUUGAACUAAUUGCAUCUAAUCUACGGAAAUUUUUAGUUGAUCGCAGUGUUAUUAAAGUAUUUGAAAUGGAAAUGCAGAAGCCAAAUACUCAAGGGAAUGAGAACAUGCCCCCUCAACAAUCCUGGGACCCUUCUCAAGUCUUUCCGAUAAAUACUGGUGGUGAACCUGGUUUUGUGCCUAAUCUUCAAUAUAUGCAGCCUCCAUAUCAACUUGACAAUUAUUAUCCACCACCAGCCCAAACUCCUUUGGACCAGCAUCAUCAUCAUCAGGGUCCUCCUUAUGGAAGAGAAACAGGUGCAGGAGUGAGUUCACCCAGUUUGACACCACAACAAUCAAUUGUCAACAAGAUCACACAGUACAUGCAAGUUCCUCUAUCAUAUGCAGAUGCUGUAAUUGGGGCAUCUGGUGUAAAUAUAAGCUAUGUACGCCGUACCAGUGGGGCAACUAUAGCAAUAGAAGAAACAAAGGGAGUACCUGGGGAGAUGACUGUUGAGAUAAAUGGAUCUGUUUCACAAGUCCAAACUGCUCAACAGUUGAUACAGAACUUCAUGGCUGAAGCUGCCAGCUCAACACUGAAUCUCGCAGGUGGAGCAAUCAGCCAAGGAUAUAAUCCAUUUCCAACUCAUGGCGCUGUCUCUACGUCUCAACCAUCCAAUGUCAUUGAACAUUUAGGCCCUUCAGCUGGUGGAAGUUAUGGUUCAGUAUAUGGCUCCCAUUCUGGCUAUUGAGAAGCUAAUAUUUACCAUCCUAGUCCAAUUCGGGCCAAGUUUCAAGUAAACAAUAUGUUAGCACCAAAGCUUUUGUAGAACAUACUGGGUAGUUCAAUGCAGGGAAUUAGUAAUGUGGGAUCCAGAAAGUUUUAAUUAGGGACUACCAAAUGUUUUUCAUUUCUCUUACAACAUACAUUGGGUGAAACAAUCAGGUUGGACCUUUCUAAGCUGGUUCUAUUUGGUUUC